AGCUUUUAGCUGCCAGCCCUGGCCCAUCAUGUAGCUGCAGCACAGCCUUCCCUAACGUUGCAACUGGGGGAAAAAUCACUUUCCAGUCUGUUUUGCAAGGUGUGCAUUUCCAUCUUGAUUCCCUGAAAGUCCAUCUGCUGCAUCGGUCAAGCGAAACUCCACUUGCAUGAAGAUUGCACGCCUGCAGCUUGCAUCUUUGUUGCAAAACUAGCUACAGAAGAGAAGCAAGGCAAAGUCUUUUGUGCUCCCCUCCCCCAUCAAAGGAAAGGGGAAAAUGUCUCAGUCGAAAGGCAAGAAGCGAAACCCUGGCCUUAAAAUUCCAAAAGAAGCAUUUGAACAACCUCAGACCAGUUCCACGCCACCUCGAGAUUUAGACUCCAAAGCUUGCAUUUCUAUUGGAAGUCAGAACUUUGAGGUGAAGGCGGAUGACCUGGAGCCUAUAAUGGAACUGGGACGAGGUGCGUACGGGGUGGUGGAGAAGAUGCGACACGUGCCCAGCGGGCAGAUCAUGGCGGUGAAGCGGAUCCGGGCCACAGUAAAUACCCAGGAGCAGAAAAGGCUAUUGAUGGAUUUGGAUAUUUCCAUGAGGACAGUGGACUGUCCUUUUACGGUCACCUUUUAUGGCGCACUCUUCCGGGAGGGUGAUGUUUGGAUCUGCAUGGAGCUCAUGGAUACAUCGCUAGAUAAAUUCUACAAACAAGUGAUUGAUAAAGGCCAAACAAUUCCAGAGGACAUCUUAGGGAAAAUAGCAGUUUCUAUUGUAAAAGCAUUAGAACAUUUACACAGUAAACUCUCUGUCAUUCAUCGAGAUGUCAAGCCUUCCAACGUGCUGAUCAAUGCUCUGGGCCAAGUGAAGAUGUGCGAUUUUGGAAUCAGUGGCUACCUUGUAGACUCUGUUGCUAAAACUAUUGAUGCAGGAUGCAAACCAUACAUGGCUCCUGAAAGAAUAAACCCAGAGCUCAACCAGAAGGGAUACAGUGUGAAGUCUGACAUUUGGAGUCUGGGCAUCACAAUGAUUGAGUUGGCCAUCCUUCGGUUUCCCUAUGAUUCAUGGGGAACACCUUUUCAGCAGCUCAAACAGGUGGUAGAGGAGCCAUCACCACAACUCCCGGCAGACAAGUUCUCUGAAGAGUUUGUUGACUUUACCUCACAGUGCUUGAAGAAGAAUUCCAAAGAACGGCCAACAUAUCCAGAGCUUAUGCAACAUCCAUUUUUCACCCUACACGAAUCCAAAGCAACAGACGUGGCAUCUUUUGUAAAACUGAUUCUUGGAGACUAAAAACAAUGGACUCAAUCGGUUGACCCUCCUGUGGAUUGGGAAACAAAACCUGAAUUCCAGAGCCUUCAAAGUGAAAUUAUCCUUCUGAGGGAAGCACAUUGCCACCAAAUACAUCACUUACCACCUGUUCCUGGUGUCUGCAAAGAAGAUGUCAUUUUUCUGAGGUUUAGUGAGUCACUGUUGACAGCUAUGCAAAUAUAAUUCUACCAUCGCAGGUUUCCUAACGGAGUCGUUUGGAAUCAAGACUUAAGUUGAGGUUAAUCUUUUCAGUUCCCGAGCCAAACUCCUUUGUCAAGCAAAAUUUCUCUAAAAGCCUCUUUCCUAUCUGAGGUGAAAGGACUGGGCCUACGUAGAAACACAAAGCAAAGUCAAGGACUUUGUUGUAGGGAUUUUUUUUAAAAAAGAAACCAAUAUCACCUCGUGACACAAACAUGUGUUAAUGGAAUUUAAAAAUAUCCAGCCUAGUUCCCUGGGACUGUCAGUAUCUUGACAUCAUUUGUGUUGUCAUUUGAACUAGGAUGUUGAGCCCUUUAUUCUUGGGAGUUUACAAUUAGGUUUUGGGGGAUUUGCAUUGUAUUUUUUUCUUAUAGUUGUCCAUGUGGACAGAUGUCUUUGUGGGCAGUUAAUCUUGACAUGCAUGGGUUUUCCCCAGUUACGUUUGCAUUUCUGGGAUUCAGGGUCUCUUUUCGAGGAAUGAGGCUAAUGCUUCUGUGACUUGGAAAUUGAGUUCAGGGAAAACACGGGAAAGUUUAGGCGCUUACUGGUGUUUUAAUGUAGGAAACAGAACUUCCUAAGUGAUCCCUAGAGUCUGUGGCUUUGACCAGGCCAUCACAGUCUUUUCUGGUUUUCUUGAUUGCAUUUCCUUAUUAUUUUUCUGCUGGUCACAGCAGAUGACCUGGGCUGACUUAACAUUUCUGUGGAAAGAAACUAAUCCAACCAUUUCUCAUAUAUCAAAACUCAGAAUCAACAAUUUUGCAUUGGUCUGCUUAAAUGGACUCUAUUGUUCCCAAAUAUUGAAAAUGUAAGGGAUAUCUAAGAGAACUUUUAGCAAAACCCUCAUUCAAAAUAUAAGACCUUAUAAUAAGAACUUCCAUUUGGCCUUUAAAGAAGAGCAGCUGGGUUGGGUAUCUAUUCCCCUUAAGUAAUAUUCUGUUGUGGCCAGAAAUGAGCAGUUAGCAUUAUUUGGUCACUACCACCGUUUGUAUUGGAGUCUGCAAGCUAUUUCAACAAAGCAAGUCAGACCACCGCCUUAGGGGAUUGUCACUGGACUUUUUGAAGUUUAAGGCUGAACGAUGAUGUGAAAUCAUGUUUAGGGGCUGGGAGAAAAGAUAAAUGCAAGGAGCAGUGCUGAACUAGGCACUCCAUGGAGGAACAAGCUGAUAAAAGAAGCUGGCAGACAGAUAUAGUCCUUAACUUGUUUUCAGUAUUGCUAUAGAGAUGAUCUUCUGUGGGAAAACCCAUCAGAAAGCCAAACCUUUAUUAUUUUUUUCCCUUAAAAAUACUGAACCAUAAGAGGAUUCAGAGAGUGGCAUUGAUUUGGAUAUCAGAAAAUUUUCUCACCUUCUUCUAGUGUGAUUGAUUCUUCAGAGUCGCCAUUUUAAACUGAUAGCACCCAG